AUGUGGCGCGACACGCACGCCUGGCGGCGGCUGCACAUCCCCGCGGCGCUCGGAGAGAUCGGCGCGUUCGGCGACGCGCGCGCGCCGCUCGACGCGCAACGGAGCGACUGGACCUGGGCCAUGUUCCGCGACCCGACGCGGUGCGCGUCGGCGCGCGCGGCGCUGGCGCUCAAGCACGGCCACGCGAUCCGCGCGCCGACGCUCGCGCGCGACGGCUCGCCCGUGCUGGUCUGGCGCAUCGGCCAGCUCGACCUCGCGGGCUGCGCGCGCGAGCGGCUGCUGGACGCCCUGUGCCUGCGCCAGGUCGCCCACAUGGAGGACGGGCUGCAGGCGUCGCGCGCGAUCUCGCGCGCGGAGCGGCGGCUC